AUGCUGCCUGCAGUUCUUCGAAAUGGCGCUCGUCGCCAGACACUCAAUGCGCCUCGGUGGUUUAGUUCAUCAAAGAAUCAGCUCGCGGCUGCCGAGGUUAAGAAGCUAGGUGUCGUCGGCGCGGGACAGAUGGACAAGGGUCUUGGUAUUGCUUUAGUAGCGGCUCACAAGGCAGAGGUGCCUGUUGUUUUGAUAGACAAUUCAGACGCCGGUUUACAGAAGGGCCUGAAGUUUGCCGAUAAGUUGCUUGAAAAGGAUGUCUCUAAAGAGCGCAUCACUCGUGAAGCUGCGGACCAAAUUCGCGGCCGUUUUAUUCCCAGCACGAAGCUUGAAGACCUCUCCGACGUAGAUUUCGUUAUUGAAGCCGUUCCUGAAAUCACCGACCUCAAAACAUCUAUCUUCUCCAAACUUGCAACAAUUGCACCCAAACAUGCUAUCCUAGCCACGAAUACAUCCUCGAUUUCUAUUACCAAAAUCGCCGCUUCUACAGCUUCAGACCCAACAGACCUCCAAGCACCAUCACGCGUUGUCUCCACACAUUUCAUGAACCCGGUCCCCGUUCAGAAGGGUGUUGAGAUUAUUUCGGGCCUGCAAACAUCUCAGGACACUCUUGAAACUGCACUCGAAUUCGUCAAGCGCAUGGGCAAAAUACCCGCCGUCUCUGCCGAUGCGCCGGGUUUUCUCGCAAACCGUAUUCUGAUGCCAUAUAUCAACGAAGCCAUUAUUUGCUUGGAGACUGGAGUGGGCCGUCGCGAAGAUAUUGACAGUAUUAUGAAGUAUGGCACAAACGUGCCUAUGGGCCCCUUGACAUUGGCCGACUUCAUUGGUCUUGAUACAUGUCUCGCUAUCAUGAACGUCCUUCACACAGAGACCGGAGAUAGCAAGUACCGGCCAUCGGUUCUCUUGAAGAAGAUGGUUGAUGCUGGCUGGCUGGGUAAAAAGAGCGGCAAAGGAUUUUACGAGUAUUGA